UGGGAAGUGGUGCUCACAGAUCCUUCUUCUUGUCAAUCUGCUGCAAAUCAAACCAUCUCGACCGCACGUAAUGAAUCCUCUAAUCUAGCUGCAGGGGCUGGUAAUACUGCUUCAGGUUCAAGCACUAGCUCUAACAUACAAAUAAAUCUGGCUGAGUCCUCAUCUUCCUCUGCAGCGGCUGUGGCAGAUAUUGGUUUUAACUCCUCGAUUUCUAGGGCGGGUCUCUCAACUACAACAAGGUCCGCGAUUUCCACUUGUGCAGAAGGGAAGACGGCUCACAGCCCAAUUCGACAUCCUAGAAGGGACAUUGAGGACGAAGAGGAAGAAGAUGAAGAUGAAGAUGACGAAGCUUGUUCUAUUUGGCUCCUGGAUUAUUAG